AUGGAGAACCUUAUCCUGGAGCAGGCACCGCCUCCAUCUCCUCGGAAGAAGAUUCGCAAGGGAGAGAAGCGGCCACUCGAGUACUGCAGAAACGGGUGCACGACACAGCCUAAGUCUGGCUCUCAGCCCAAGCGGGCUGAGCAUAACUGUGUUGGUCUCUUUUGCAAGCCAUGCUGCCUAGCCGACUUCAACAAAUGUGUCGCUUUGGGGACCGCUCGCCAGAUGUGCCCGCCUCACAAUCAUGCUGCGAUCACCGCACGAACUGCACCAUUAAUCCCUGUCCCUGCGGUUUCUGAAGAUGUCUUUGCCCCUGAUCCAGAACAGCUGUCAAUGCUGAGCAACUUGUUGCAGUCGCUUUCCCGGCCAUCUCCCACAAAGCCUGCUCACGAUGUUCUGCCAGGCAGUCCACAAGCCCCAGCUUCGGUGGCUGAGCCGUCCUCUCCUUUUGCACCGCUGGCUUUGGCGACACCUUCACCAUCUCCGGCUCCUGCACCCACACCCACGCCAUCUACCUCUGGUGGUUUUCCAUGUACUCCGUCAGCUCGUGCACCCAUCUUGAAGGCUAUCAGCUCUACUUGGACAGAGUCUCGAUUACCCGUCAUCGCAGAGACAGAAAAUACUGUCCGACAUAAGCAGGUCCGGAAGGAGGUUGACAGCCGUGUUCGAAAGCGCAUAGUUGUUGUUGUAUGGUACAAGGAUGGAGAACCACCACGACGAAUUGACAUUGACCUCAGCAGAACGUGGCCAAAUCUCGUUCUUGAGCAUCAUGCGGACAUCAUCGACAUGUUUCAGCUGAUGUGCUCGACCUGGAUUGAUGUAUAUUACCCUGAUGAAGCAGAGUGGAGGUCAAUCAAAAUAACCGCUGCAGUUCCCGUGCAUCAGGGUGAUAAUACUGCCACUCCGCGGGUCUUACUUCGCAUCAAACCAGAUGCUCUUCGCUCCCUCGAGAACUGCCCUGACCUUGACCAGGAGCUUGCACGGCAACCCUAUCGUCGUGCUUCAAAGCGUCCCAGUGGUUCCGAGGCAGCGAAUUCGAUUGCUAAGAAGGUCCGAGUCGAAUCGGAUCAUCUACUCCUUCCGAUGGACACAUCGCACAUCACUUUACCUACAGCCAUCGCCUCCAAGAUUGCCCCUGCUAGUGUCCCCAGUUCCGACGUCAUGCCCACUGCUCCAGCCAACCCAUCCAUCCCAGCUCCUACGGAGGCCGCUCUUCCACUCCGUCAUUGGCCCUCAGAAUACCACGUCUGCGAAAUCGCCCUGGGCUUGCAGACCUACGAUUACCUCAUGGAUCUCAAGCCUGAUGAUAUCGAAAACCAGCAGGCUGCGUAUCAUGCUGCAUGGUCUGAUGCUACUCCUUUAAAGCGGACCACAUUCCACGACAAUCGAAAAUUGUGGAUUUACAGCCCAGAGGAGCUCAGGACACGCUUCCUCGCAUAUGGCAACUCGGAUGCUGGCCUAUGGCGGGUAUUUCAGAAAGCGUACAACAAGGAAUAUGGCUCUGCGAAACCGACAGGCAUGACAAUGCCAUCGAAACAGGUUCAUCGUCAUCAAGGUGUCAGCAAGCACGGGCGAACAAGUGCUUUUGCAAGCCACACCAUUCCGAAGACUCAGCCAUUUCCCGUCCUUGAGCGCCUGGAUCCUCCAAGGGUGAUUCCGAUCAUUCACGGACUUGAUGACGAUGAACACGAGAAGGAGGCGGAGAAACCGGAUCUCAUCGAUCAUGACUCGGUUAUGAAAUUUGCAGAUCGGUGCCCGUGGUGCGAUACGGAUCUCGACUUUAUACCCUCUGCCGACUUCCUCAAGAUCUAUAAGGAACUCUUGAAGGUGUCUUGGUCUGAACCAUCGUCAGAGAACAAGUACCACCAUGCGACAUUCGAUCUCAAACGUCAGCUUGCGUUUUGCUCUCAACAUCACUUCGAAAGCGAUGUUCUCCUUGCCCGCCAUCUCGGUUGGCCGCAAAUCAUUGACUUUGCACGCCUCCACAAGCGUAUCCGACGUCUAUACGAUGCCAUACGAAGCCAUGCAACGUCCCCCAUGAACGAGUUUCUUAUCGCUGCAAUAGCCCGCUCUGCGGGAACAGUAGGCGCAACAAAUACAACCCAGCGCUCAUUGUCUUCCCUCAGCAAGACCUCUGUGGGCUACUACGGGGAGAAGGGGCUCCUCAUCAUACUGGCUGUUCUCAAAUACAGCCUGUUUCCUAUCUCUUCUCCGGCGAUUGACCUCGUUGCGAUCAACCCUUUGUCGUACUCGUUAUUCCUCCAUGAGGUCCUUGUCCCUGAAACUGCCACUCAGCUCAUCAUGCAAGACCUCCCUCAACUCGACCGUGAGGGUGCUAUUCAAACGCUUCAUCGAAGCCGUACAUACGGGGACAGGAUGUUUGGAGAUAGCGCUGAUGAUGAUGAGGUCGCUCAUGUCUACGCGGAGAUGAAUGCUCUACGAGCGAAGGAGGCUGCAGAUUUUACUCUCGAUCCCAAUCAAGAAGUCGGCGAAUCCUUUGGUGACUGGUUGGACAAGCACGAGUCCAGGGAUGAUUGCCUAUCUAUCCCUCGAGACUUAGAGACUGCUACUGGCGUUGAGGGAAACGAUGUUCAAGGUGACCAAGUGUCAACCAGGGUGAAGCGCGAGGAGGUCAGCAUUGAACUUGGAUCAUCUUCUGGGUCCGGCUACCGCACGGAGAUAGCUAAUGGCAUAGAGAUUUUGGUAAUCGACGAAGACUAG